CUAGUAUAUACAUAACAAGGAGAGAGUAAAGAUACCAAAGACUAGGCAACAACAUAUCUUCCUCUUCCACUUUUCAUUUUCUCCCUUCAUCAAGAAUCAAUGGCUUCUACUCUUACUACUCCAACUCCAACUCCAACAAAUGAUGUUGAUGAUCAUCAAAGUCAUGACACCACAUUCUCAACCCCAUUUUUCCGGCCACCACCACCGACGACUCGCCGGAGUACUCCAUCAUCUCUCUCUUCAUCUCCAUCUCACUCUUCCAACUCUUCCUUUGGAUCAUCACUCUCUUUCCAUGAUAUUCUUGAUGAUCAUAAUUCCCCUAUUAGCCCUACAACUCCUCUUCAAUUCCCAAAAGGUGUACCCUUUUCUUGGGAAAAAAUUCCUGGAAUUCCAAAACAAAUAUUUUCCAAGAAAAAUAACACUACUACUACUCUAGGUCAACUUCUCCCAUUAAUGCCACCACCAUGUGGAAAUGGAAAUAAUGUUCCAAAUAAUUCAUCCAAGAAAAUUACUAGUUUUCUUGAUGAGUUUUCUCCAAGAAAAAAUGUUGCUAAAAGUUUUAGAAAAGAUCCAUUUUUUGCUGCAUUUGUGGAGUGUUCCAAAGAUGAUCAACAACAAUAUGAUGAUGACAUUUGGAAAAAUUCUUCAAAGGUACCAUCAAUAAGAAGUUUAAGUGAUAGAUUUGGAUUCAUUAGCAUGUAUACUUCAUGCAAAAGAACUUGUACAGUCUCUGAAUCCAUUGUUUAUCUUCCAAGAUCAAGAAAUAAUUAUAGUAGGAAGUACUAGUGAUCAUGAGUCAAUAAAGUCCUAGAUCGACAGACAGGCAGAUGCAGAGUCAAGAUUUGAAGUUUAUCAGUUCUAAAGUGAAUCUAUUGCUCGUUUUAGUUAUGGGGUUCACAAUUAUUAAUGAAUUUCCCAGUACAAAUACAGGGUCUAAGCAAAAGCUAGUGAGUUUAUUAGAAUAUGCAUGCCACUAAUAUUGUAGCUCUGGCCCUGUCUACAUAUAGGUUAGGUAAGUGUUACAAUUUCGUCUUCAUUAAUGCAUAGUUAUUUUCAUGAAAUUGUAACCUAUGCUUUCGGUUUUUAUUUUAUUUUUCAUAUUGUAAUUUUUCAUUUGUGGAUUUUAUGUAAUGCAACGUGAGGACAAGUCAAUGUGUUUGUCCAAAAUUAAUUAAUACUAGUACAAUUAUGGGUAUGUUUA